GGAUGUUCCAACGUUUCACUGUCGUCAUGGAGUAUCAACAAAAACCCGUACUACCACCACCAUUCAUUGCACUCUGCCAUUUCUACUCGUUGCUUAAGUAUUGUAUACGUAAAGCGAAAGGAUUGGAGGUACAACGUGACAAUGGCUUAAAAUUGUUUCUCGAAAAGGAUGAUAUGGAGCGUUUGUACGACUUCGAAGAGGAAUGCGUUGAGGGUUUCUUUCACGAACAGGAAAUCAUAUUGAAUCAAUCGACUGAUGAACGUGUGAAAAAUACAACGGAACGUGUUGAAAUAUUGGCACAAAAAAUUGAGGAUAUCAAUCAAAAGGAGAAUGUACAAACGGCCACUGUGCAGAGUAUCGAAUUUCGUCUGCGCAAAAUGGAAGAAUCUUCGGAGCAAAUACUUUCGCACUUGGCGGUCAUACAUCGUUUCAUGUCGAUGCAUAUGCUUGAUGGAGGCGAUUUGCACGCAUCGAAUAUGAAUCUCGGCGGAGAUUUACAGCGUGUACGCACCGUGUCGAUGUCUGAUAAUGAGACACUGAUGCCAACACCGAAUUUACAGGUCAACAACCGUCGUCGCUUUAAUCGUUCGCUCACAGAAGUGCGCCCGGAUGCGUACAUUUUCGAUGAAGGCACCCAUUUCGAGGUGGUGCCAGUACCUGAAGAGCCAGACGAUCUGCCGCUGAGCGAGCAUGUGAGCCGCAAAAUAUCCAUGCAAUCCGAAUCUGACUCGGACAUUUACCUACCGAUGUCACAACGCCCGUCCACAUGUGAGACUGUAAAGCGUACGCCAUACGUCACAGUGCGGCAGGACACUGGCGCCAGCACUGAGAGCAAAGAUACUUUAACACCACUGGGUGCCGAUGAUGAACACACGCUGGUCGGAGAGAAUUCGGAUGAGACUGGUCAGGAUUUAAAUUUCGAAGCUGCCAAGCGUCGUGCACUGCGCCAACGCACCGUAUCGCUGUGUCGUCGCAACUCUGAAGCGUGCUCCAUCAUAGCUGCCGAUAUUAACCGCUCACGCAUAAGUCUGAAUCAGUUGCCGUUGUCACGCCGGCAAAUGAGUCUUACACAAUCUGAGCCAGAUAGUGACAAGGAGGCGAUUGGAGGGGGAAAAUCAGUAUUGCAUGCGAAAUCCGGCAGAAAUGUACUUUUGAAACUUCAUACCGAAUACACUUCGAUAACGGAUGAAUUGGAGAGUGUAUGCCAUUUGAUUGCAUCGCCGACGGUUUCGUUGCCCAGCAAUAAAGCAUCACUGGAUCGCCCUAUGGGUGAGAUGUCUAAGGCUGAAUUUGCUGCCAUGUUGGAGAAGCAACAUUUGAAGGAAUGCGAAGAGAAUGACUACAUGAUGUUGGAGGGACUAUUUCAGGCACGUGCAUCCAUCGAUGACACGGACAACUCAUUUGGGACCGGCGCCUCUGCAGAGUUCAGUCAUCGGCAUCCACUGCGUCGUGAAACAGCCAUCGAACUUUCACCGUCCAAACCGCCAUCGGGUGGCGGCUUGCUCGGUUGCGGUAACAGCAGCGACACAAGCGGAGCUGGCAGCGGCGGCCCCGGUGGCGGUGGUGGAGCUGUUGUAUUUUCCAGCUCAUCCACCGGCCCAGCUGGGUUCCUCUUGAAAAACGAGCGGCCAUGGCAGCGUAACUCCUCCAUGGAGCAGCAACAAACAUAUCAAUCGGCAGCGGUGCCAACACGCGCCACUAGCGAAUUCCUAAAUGCACCAUUCGAAAGCACCGGCAGAUUAUUCAAAAAGUCCAGCGAGAGCUUACAAAAAGGCUCCAGCACAGAGACCGACUAUUCAGCGCAUCCAUAUCGCUUUAUUAAGCAAAGUUCAAACGACACAACCACCUCAAUGACUGGUUCCUACAACAUCGAUACACCAUCGCUGGCGGCUGAACUGUCGCUUGACGCAGUCGAAACAAAUACACAAACAACGCCCACCACUGUGCAGGAGCUUGUCGCCAGCAGCGGCGCCGGUGGAAAUGGCACAGCCACUGCUGCAAGCAACGGCAACGCGAGCGACACUACUGCACGUUAUCAACCGCUACGCACAGCUGCCAUGGGCGCCAAUGAUGGCAAACGUGAUAUGGUCAACAAGCGCUCCAGCGAAGUAGCGACAUCAACGCCCAUGGAGCUGGGCGCCACAACAGCAGCAGCUGCAGCGGCGGUAAUGUCGCAGGUGCAGUCCGCGUUGCCGCGUGCCAUGCAGCUGAAGAAGCAGUUUAGCAUGGAUCAAGCGAGCAAAGUGCAGCCACAGCAGCUGCAACACUCAUUGCACACACAAACGCUCAACGCGCUGCCGGCGACAACAGCAACAACGACUGGUGCAGCGAAGACAAUUGGCAGCGCGUUGGUCGAUACGAGCGCAACAAGUGCGGCCGCUGCUGUACUGCCAGCACUUGCAGUGCCAGCCAAAUUGCUAUCCUCGCUCAAGCCGCCCGGCGGCAUCAAAACACUCGGCAUGAACAUACUCAAGGAGAGCAGCUCCAGCACGGAGGAGUCAAAGGAGAGCGGUGGCGACAAUGUGCACGCCACCGCAGCCAUGCCACAAAUAAGCACACACACAGUACAAGAUGAAAUUGCCAAACUGUCGUCCAAUAUAAAAUCAAGCACCGAAUCGGAGAAGGAUCCACCAUACAAUGAGACAAUGUGCUGAUUAGCAAAGGCAGUUGGCCGACUAGCAAACACUGUCUACUAUUACCCACAUACCUACACAUUUAUAUUACCUGUGCAACGGCAGCAAAAGCAAGCGUGAAUUUUAUAAACUAACUACCUACCUACACAUACCUAAUUGUAUCUAAAAACUUUAUUGUAUAAGUACGAGUAUGUAUAUAAAUAUGUAUGUGAUUGUACGUUGUUGAUUAGUGUAAUAGAGCAUUUAGGGAGCGUUUAGAUACAUAUGUAUAUAUGUCACAUAAAGAUGAGGAUGAAGAAAAUGCCUAUAUAUCUAAAGAGAAUAUACUUAUGCAUACAUACAUUAUACAUCUACAAGUAAGCUAAAAACAAAAAAGAAUUUGCUCCUAGAAAAUGAUAUAUAAUGCUAGUGAAGUGUAUUUUAAAAAUGUCCUUUUUUAUGUACUAAAUUUUAAAACUAAUUUUAAAAUGCGAAGUUAGCGGACGCAUGCAUGUGAUGAUUGUUCAUUCGAGCAAAACAAAAAGGGAAAACAUAAAAAAUAACAACCAGCAUUCGCCAUACGUAAUUAUGUCACUAAACAUAAAUUGCCGCGCGCAAAGCAUACUUUAGCGUAUAUUUAAGCUAUGUACAUAUUCAUAAAUCAAACUCGUUUUAAUAUUCUAGAUUGAAAGAUAGCAAUUAUCAAAUACUUAUUUUGUUUAGCUUAAAAAAUUGUUUGCCAUUUACCGUUAUUUGUUUUUGAUAGGUGUGUGUAUUUAUUGAAAAUUGUUAAUUGCUUAUUUGUAGCUAACAAUAAGCUGUUACAUAUUGUUUACAAGUUUUAGGUAAGCUUAUUUGCAUUUUUAGGGAUUUACCAAAACUUAGUUUUUAAUAAAUAAAUAGUUAUAUAUGUAUGUAUUAAUGUAUAGCAUGUACAUAUGUACGUAUACAGCUGCAAUUGUAAGAAACCUCAUUGCUCAAACAGUUUUAUUCUGAUUAUUUUAUUUUGUUGUUGACCGCCGAAAAUUUUGUGUACUACUAUAUUGUAAUUAUAAAAACAAAAAAAGAUCUCUUUCAUAUUACGAAAACUGAUGCCGCCAAUAAAGAAAAAUUAAAAAAAUAAAUAAUAGUAAUAGUUAUACAAGUGGUGCGUUCGCCGUACAUAAAAGAAAAUACAUACAUACAUUUUUUUUUAUUGUUAUUACGACUAAAGCACAAAUUUUCGGCGCAAAUUUUAUUGUACUUAUACUCAUAAUUUUAUUGCAUUUUUUCAUGUUAGCGCAAAUAUUUAAUAAAAGUAAAACCAUAUUAAGCUCGACGAAA